GCAUUUAUCAAGUUAUAGCAAGCUCCAUUGGUUUUCAAGUGACCCAACGGGUAUAACUACUAGAACUUACAAUCGUUCAAUAUGAUCGGGGAAGUUCUAACUCAGUCCAUUCCGGACUUGAAAACUCAAUUAUCUGAACAAGCGACUAUCAGUUUUCCACGGGAUGCGCAAUUUAAUACUAAAAGAUGGAGUGAUUUCGGCAAACCCAAUCCAGGGGCUAUCAUCAACGUAGCGACGGAGGAAGACAUCUGCAGCACUGCAUAUUUCUCUUUCCUUGAUCAAAAAUCCGAAGGAAGAAAUACUUACAUUGAAUAGAUCAAAUGGGCCAACAAAUACAACAUCCCGUUUCUCGCCCAAUCCGGUGGCCACGGAUUUCAUUCCUCUCUCUCCAAACUGUCGAAAUCAGGAAUCGUAAUAAACCUCAAUGCGAUUUCUAGCAUCGUAUUCGAUAAAGAGGCAAAGACUGUAACUUUGGGUGGUGGGGUUCUGACUGGAGAUGCUCUCAAUACCGCACACGCGAAAAGAGUCCAUAUAAUGACCGGAGUCUGUAAUACAGUUGGUCUAAUCCCAGCUAUAAUCGGUGGUGGUCUUGGUAAUAUGAUGGGCAUGUGUGGACUAGGCGUUGACAACAUGCUCUCUGCCACUGUCAUCACUGCCUCCGGAGAGAAAAUCAAUGUGAGCAAAGAUGAGAACUCUGAGUUGUGGUGGGGACUAAGGGGUGCUGGAGGGAAUUUCGGAGUGGUGAGUAGCUUAACCGUCAAGAGUUAUGAGCAGGUUAAUGGAGGCAUCUUUUGUAGUGGGUCGAUUGGAUUUGUGGGAAAGAGUGUGAAUGAAAUUGGAGAGAUCGCGAGGACCCUUGAGAAGUUUGAGAUUGGGAGAAAGAUGGCUGUUGGUAUCCUUUGGGCAAGAAUCCCACCUAGCUUUCAGGUAUGUUAUAAAGACAGGCAGCUCCAUGGCGAUGAGUGAAAACUGAUGCAUAUCCUAAUAGCCUACCUUCUUCAUCCAUCUAUUUUACGCUGGUCCGGAAGAUGAGGCGACGAAGGCUUUCGAGCCUCUUUUCGCUCUUAAACCGACAUUUGUGAAGUUCGCCCCUACACCUAUAACUGUAAGUAUUGUGCACUAGUGGUUCAUCCACCAUAUUUUCGGGAUACUGAUAUUGCUCAAAGUAACAAAUGCACCAAGUGACCCCGCAGGUGUCAAAGGUGGGCGAAGACCAACCUGGGGGAUCGGACUGAAGCGUUUUGAUGGGGCGAGAAUCCAAGAAGCGUGGAAAAUAUGGGAAAAUUUCACAGGUGAAUGUAAAGGUGCAAUGGCAAGUCUUGUCAUUGGGGAUUGCUACAAUCAUGAUGAAGCGAACGAAGUGGAUGAAGGGGAUACAGCUUAUCCCUGGCGAAAAGUUGGUGUGCAUUUGUAUGUUCAUAUUGUAACUGUCGUGGGUAGAGCUUUUACUAAUGAUAACAGGCUCUUUUCAGGAAAUUACCAAGACCCGUCGCUCGAUGAGGAGGUCAGCGUCGUUGGAAGGAAGUUCAGAGAUUCGCUAAAAGUUGAGGGGGAGAGCUCUUCCGUGUAAGCUUUCCAACUCAUACAACCAAACAAUGACCCUAACGAAUCCCAGAUAUGUGAAUUUCGCUCACGGCGAUGAAAAGCUGGAGGAAAUAUACGGAAAUAAAGAGAGAAUUGAGAGAUUGGGCAAAUUGAAGAAGAAGUGGGAUCCCGAGCGACGAUUUGGAUUCACUUUCCCUAUUCCACUACCGGUGAUCGAUUAGAAUUGUUAUUCCGAGGGAAAAGAUUACUUUUGUAUUCGUUGGCGAGCAAACCACAAAC